UGUGUCAGUGUUUUGCCCAUGUCUCUUCAGCAUAUUGCAUUCUUUAAAAACUCUGUAAAUGUGAAUUAAUUUGAUCAUUUAAAUGCCAAAAAUAAAUUCUGCUUAGGUUUAUUUAUCAGGGAUGCAUUUCACAUGCAUUAUCCCAUUGUAGCCAAGCUAAUCUCAAGCACAUCCAAUUGGCUUUCCAUCUGAACAAUCAAAAAUAGAGUAACUGAGUAAGGUUUGUAGGCCUCAUUGGUCUCACACACCUUUUCUAUCAGGACUUUGUGAUGGCCCCUCCAAAGUACAGACUUUGUAAUUAUUUUGUCAAUAUGUUCAUUUGGAAGACCAAUUUGCCCCAGAGUUUAGUCUUCCUCGUUAAUGUCUUGAGAUGUUGCUUCAAUAUUUCUAUAUAAAGUUCAUGAUAUUACAUUUUAAUUUGUAAAGUGCACCAGUCCUUCAUGCAGCAAAAUUCACCGCACAAUAUGACACAGCCAACCUCCUACUUUACAGAUGGAAUGAUGUUCUGAGGCUUCCAUAGUCAUUAUAGCCAAAUACUUUAAUUUUUAUUUCACCAGACAGCGGGGCGUGUCUCUUUGACCCUGUGUGCAUUUGCACACUGUAAUUUUGCCUUUCUAUAUUGCUUUGGGUAGAACUUACUUCUUCCUUGCUGAGUGGCCUUUCAGCCCAUAUCAGCCCGAGACUUCACUGAUGAUAAUAAAACUCUCUUACCAUCUUCGGCCAGGAUCUUCACUAAGUCUUCUGCUUCUGUUCAGACGUAGAUAAGCGCAGUUUGCACAGUAAGAUGGCAGGACAUCCCCAUGGUAUGUAUGCUUGAAUUCAACUGUUUGCACAGAUGAACGUAUCAACUUCAAGCAUUUGGAAAUCGUACCUGGCCAAAGCUACCAGGUGGACCUGAGAAAGAAGCGGCUGAACUGGAAUGCAUACAUAUGAGUAAAAAUCAAAACAUUAAGGCAUAAAACCAACACCAGAGUCCACGUAAUGAUACAAAACUGCAAACCAAACCUGAGUCUUUAUGAUCAUCAUGUUGCUGUUUAUUGUAAUUUGCUUUAUUUAUUUUCUUAAUUUUCAUGAAGGCAGGAGAAACAUAUUUGUAUUAGAACAACAGUAUGAUUUAAUGUUGCAUGUACUUAUACAGCAAGCAAUAAAAUUCCAGAAAAUGAGCAGUUUUCUACUCAUUUUAACUAUUUCUUAGUUACUUAAUCACACACAGAAGUCACUUUUAACAAAGUGUACAUUAACAACAGGAAAUACAUCUCUAACCAUUUACUUUCCAUCACCUGGGAAGUAGUUUGACCUUUCUGACAUGUUUAACAAAUCAUUAGAUCACAAAAAAACACCCACGCAAAAAGAGACUUCCUCGUCUCUGUCACUAUAAAUUCAGAUUGGUCCCGAUGUCAAACCCUCUCCGCAGAAGUGAAGACAUCAUGAGCCUGUUCUCCCUAGCAGUCCUGCUCCCUGGCGUUCUCUGCAUCGCCUUGGCAGUACCCACCUAUAAGCAUCAAGACCGGUUAACUGGUGAAAUGCUCGAGUGUAACAAGUGCCCACCGGGGAGUCACAUGACCGCUCACUGCACUGCCACCACACCCACAAAGUGUAAACCGUGCCAGAGCAGCCACUUCACGGAGCUGUGGAACUACCUGCCCAGGUGUCUGUACUGCAAUAUCUUCUGCACACAAAACCAGGAGGUGGAGAGAGAGUGCUCCCCGGUCAACAACAGAGUCUGUCGUUGCAAAGAAGGCUUUUACAUGAUAGAUGACUUCUGUGUCAGACACUCACAGUGUGGCCCCGGACAUGGAGUUCAGACCAUAGGUACACGAACAGAGGACACUGUGUGUGAAAAAUGCCCCAAGGGGUAUUUUUCCAGCUCAUCGUCUACUCUAGAUCUGUGUGUAAAACAUCGGGAUUGCUCAAGCGGCAACGUCAUGCUCCUCCACGGUUCAGCGUUCUACGACAAAGUGUGUGGCACCUGUGACAGUUUUGCAAAUGGAGGUGAUGAUCUCAGGGCAGUCCUGUCUGCAUUAUUUAGCGGGAACAGGAUACAAAAAAGAGAUUUAAAAAGAUUUGUUCACAGGAUCCUUCAUAAGAAAGAGGAUGAGCGUAACGGGGACUCAGCUCUACCGAAGCAUAAAGGCCCUCUUGUGGAUCAGAUCAUAGCAUGGCUGGCCCAGGCUUCUGCAGAGCAGCUUAAAGAACUUCCAAACACCCUGAGGCUUCCUCAGUUUAGCUCCAUAGGAAAUAGACUAGAUAGCAUUCUUAAAGAAAUUAAGCGACAGAACCCUGGCUGCAGUCUAUAAAGUUUCAAAACUCCAUGUGGGGAAACCAUUCUGGACUGAAGCAACCUUUCUUAUUAUUUCUGUUUAUUGAAAAUAUUUUUAAACAAUUACUGGAUUUCAUUUUAGAAUAAUCUGUAACAUUAUUGACAGCUAAACUCAUCAGUAUUACCAAAUGUUAAAAAAAGUAUUUUUUUUACAGGUGUUAAAUAGUUUUUUAUCAUUAAAAAUUGUUAGUGUUUCCAAUGUGAUGGCUUAAUUUAAAUGUAUAAAUAAUGACUGCAAAUGUUUUGAAUAUCCCAAUGGGACACUGAAAUAUAUUUGAGUAAUAAAAUAAGCUUGUAUGAAA